CCGUGAAUGGGAGUACCAUAGGGCGGCGCACAAUUGGCCCAGCGUCGUUAGGUUUUGGCCGUCCGUUGCAAAUAAGAAUUAGUUCUUAACUGACUUGCCUAGUUAAAUAAAACCUUAACUGACAGAAGAAGAUCAUCGCCCAUGUACCUUAGUAAAUACGCGUCGGUACUACGUGUCCAGGAAGUGAUCCAGUCAACAUGGCGGCGCAACAAGGAGAUGUUGAUGAGCUCUUCGAUGUGAAAAAUGCUUAUUAUAUCGGCAGUUAUCAACAAUGUAUAAACGAAGCCCAGAAAGUUAAGCCAUCAACACCUGAGAAGGAGGUUGAGAGAGACAUGUUUCUGUACAGAGCCUACAUUGCACAGAGGAAGUAUGCUGUGGUGAUGGAUGACAUCAAGGCCAGUGCCUCGCCAGAGCUCCAGGCUGUCAAGAUGUUUGCUGAGUAUUGCUCCAACGAGGGCAAACGGGAUGACGUUGUGGCUGAACUUGACAAGAAGAUGGCCAAGAGUGUAGAUGCGGCCAACACAACCUUCCUGGUCAUGGCUGCGUCCAUUUACUACCAUGAGAUGAACUCUGACGCUGCCCUGCGGUCCCUGCACCAGGGAGAAAGUCUGGAAUGCAUGGCAAUGACCAUUCAGGUGCUGCUGAGUUUAGAACGUGUUGAUUUGGCAAGGAAAGAGCUGAAGAAAAUGCAGGAGCAGGACGAGGAUGCCACACUGACCCAACUAUCCACGGCUUGGGUCAACAUCGCUGUUGGAGGAGAGAAGCUGCAGGAUGCUUACUACAUCUUCCAGGAGCUGUCGGAUAAGUAUUCCCCUACUCUGCUUCUGCUUAAUGGCCAGGCUGCCUGCCAUAUGGCCCACAACAAGUGGGAGGAGGCAGAGGGGGUUCUCCAGGAGGCACAAGACAAGGACAGCAGCCACCCUGAGACUCUGAUCAACCUGAUUGUGCUGACCCAGCACUUGGGCAAAGCUCCUGAGGUAACCAACCGGUAUCUCUCUCAGCUGAAAGAUGCCCAUAGAGCUCACCGCUUCCUUAAAGAUUACCUGGCCAAGGAGAAUGAAUUUGACAGACUGGCGAUGCAGUAUGUUCCCACUGCGACUGUUUGACACAAUGGAGUAAUCUUUUUUGGACUACAAAACAUUAUGAAUACUGGACACACAACUGAUUGCUACAUAUCUUUUUUUGUCUAUCAAUAUGGAAAACUCUAAAUUGUAUGGAUUAACAUUGACAUGCACAUUUAGACAUUUUUAUAUAUAUAAAAAAAAAAUUGCUAAACUUUAUCAUAAUAAUAUGACCUUUUAUGUGGUGGACACAGAUUUUAUUUAUACUCUGAAGUAGUUGUAGUACAUUAAAUGUCCCUUUUGAUAAUGUCUCUGUUUGUAACAUUUGCAUUUAUCUAAAUGGUAAAAUGCCUCCUGUGUAACUGUUUUCUGUAAACAUUCCUCUGAAUUGACAAUACAUGUUUUAUGACCCUGUUUACACCCA